GAAGUUUCCCCCUUGUCACUUGGUUACCAUGGCAGCAGUGGUCACACAACGUUAGCUGACCGCUAACUGCGUGUUAUUUUUUACUCACUUUACAUAAUCUUAAUAUAGUUAACUAUUAUAGUGUGCGCCACCAUGUCGAAGUUUAAGACGUCUGGACACAGAGGGUCAUAUGACUGUCCCAAAACUGAGGAGCGAUGUGUGCGUUACAAAUGUGGCCUUAUCAACACCAUACAGGACGUCCUGCGCCAAAGACCAGGAUGGGUUGAAGUGAAGGAUGAUGGAGAAUGGGACUUCAACUGGUGUGAUGUGGGCUGGCUUAGGGAGAAUUUCGAUCACUCCUACAUGGAGGAACAUGUGAGGAUAAACCACUUUCGCAACCAUUAUGAGCUGACUCGCAAAAACCUCAUGGUGAAAAACCUCAAGAGACACAGAAAAAACCUUGAAAGGGAUGUAGGCCGCAUGGAGGCAUCCAAAUGUGAUUUCUUUCCCUGCACCUUCGCACUGCCCAGCGAGUAUCAUCUCUUUGUAGAGGAGUUCAAAAGAAGCCCUGGCAGCACCUGGAUCAUGAAGCCGGUGGCAAAGUCUCAAGGGAAAGGCAUUUUCCUGUUCAGGAAACUGAAAGACAUCAUGGAUUGGAAGAAGGAUGGCACCCGCUCAGAGGAACAGAAGGAUGCAGCUCAAGUGGAGAGCUAUGUGGCACAACGCUACGUAGAGAACCCCUACCUAAUUAAUGGCAGGAAAUUUGAUCUGAGGGUCUAUGUGCUGGUCACAUCCGUAUGUACUGCACCAUGUGUCUAUGUGUGUGUGUUUCAGUAUAUCCCCUUGAAGGCCUGGCUGUACCGAGAUGGCUUUGCCCGCUUCUCAAGCACCCGCUUCUCCCUCAGCACUAUUGAUGACAAGUACAUGCACCUCACCAAUGUGGCUGUUCAGAAAACAGCGCCAGACUAUGAUCCUGAAAAGGGGUGUAAGUGGCAGAUGCAGCAGCUUCGACGGUACCUGACGGCAAAACAUGGCAGAGAGACGGUGGAAACCCUGUUCAAAGACAUGGACAACAUAUUUGUCCGCAGUCUUCAGAGUGUACAAAAGUUCAUUAUAAAUGACAAACACUGCUUUGAGCUCUAUGGUUACGACAUUCUACUGGAUCAGAACCUCAAACCGUGGUUGAUUGAGGUGAACGCCUCGCCGUCACACACACCCAGCAGUCAGGAGGAUUACGAAAUGAAGUGCCGGCUGCUGGAAGACACAUUGAACGUGGUUGAUAUGGAGGGAAGGCUGACUGGCAAGGAGAAAAGGGUGGGUGGCUAUGAUCUCAUGUGGAACGAUGGGCCUGUCAAUAGAGAGGAUGUAAACCUAGAAACAUUUGGCAGUACAUGCUUUACUGCCAAUACACACUUAGGGUGUGUGAAUGACAGAGAAAACCAGCUUCGCAGGCUUCUCAAACCAUUUCCAGGCCAGAGGAGGAUGUGAGGACAACAGAUCUCACACAGUAUGGACAGAGGGUGGUUUAUAGGCCAUGAGAAGAUUCGGCCAACAAGAUCUGAGGAGCAGAUGCCCAGCAGCGUCUCAAGACCCUGCAUGACUAUCAACCUGACUGAUAUGCUUC